AUGGCGUGCCGCGGGUUCUGCUGCUGCUGCUGCCCAUCCAGCGUGGGCGCCUUCAACGAGGAUAACACCCGCUUCGUGCUCCUGGCCGCGCUCAUCGCCGUGUACAUGCUGUGCGGGGCGGCCGUCUUCUCCGCCCUCGAGCAGCCCACGGAGCGGGAGACGCAGGAGCGCUGGCAGGCGCGGCUGGAGAACUUCUCCCAGAGGUACAACCUCUCCCCGGCCGAGCUGCGGGAGUUCCUGUGCGAGUACGAGGUCGCCUACGUGGCCGGCGUCCGAGCCAACGACAUGCGGCCGCGGUGGGAUUUCCCGGGGGCUUUCUACUUCGUGGGCACCGUGGUCUCCACGAUAGGGUUUGGCAUGACCACACCAGCUACUAUCACUGGAAAACUUUUCCUGAUAUUUUAUGGCCUUAUAGGCUGUGCAGGGACCAUCUUGUUCUUCAACUUGUUCCUGGAACGCUUAAUCACGGUCAUAGCCUAUGUCAUGAAGUCCUGCCAUGAGAGACAACUAAGGCGAAAUGGAGCAAUUCCCCAAGACUUCCAACGAGCCACUGGGAAUGCCGAAGUGGACAGCUUAGCAGGAUGGAAGCCAUCCGUGUAUUACGUCAUGCUUAUCUUGUGCCUAGCAUCAGUCACCAUUUCCUGUUGUGCCUCUGCUAUGUAUUCACCAAUGGAAGGGUGGAGUUACUUUGAGUCUCUUUAUUUUUGCUUUGUGGCCUUCAGUACUAUUGGUUUUGGUGACCUGGUGAGUAGCCAGAAUGCCCAUUAUGAGAGCCAGGCCCUCUACCGAUUUGGCAAUUUUAUCUUUAUUUUCAUGGGGGUUUGUUGCAUCUAUUCCUUGUUUAAUGUGAUCUCUAUUGUCAUCAAACAAUCCAUAAACUGGAUAUUAAAGAAACUAGAAUCAACAUGCCAUAGAUGCCAAAGAAAACUCUUCAGGUCAUGGAGGAAUGUUGUGGUGCCAGGGACUACACGAAACCAACGCAACAUUUCGAUUGAGUCUGAUGGCAUCAUUGAGAGUGACACAGAUGGACGCAGAAUGUCUGGCGAGAUGAUCUCCAUGAAAGACCUCUUAGCCUCUAACAAAGUGUCACUGGCCAUCAUGCAGAAACAGUUGUCUGACAGUGCCAAUGGCUUUCCAAGACAGAUGAGCACUGUGCCCAGACAAAAUGGAUUUGCUGGUGGUGUGGGUGCUUUGGGGAUUAUGAAUAAUAGGCUGGCAGAGACAAGUAUUGAUAGGUAAACCUUCACACUGAAAAUGCAGCGGGGAGUGUUGGAUGAGUAAGGAUCAAAAGUCAUCACAGAGACAGAACUAACCAAGCAGGAUACCUGUUAGAAGGGAUUUCCACAACUGUUGCUGGCAAUUAAUACUUGUUGCAUUUUGCACUACAGCACCUGUCUGCUCUUGCUCUUCAGGGCCCGCCAAAGAAGAUUCCAGUGGUAUUGCAUUGUCUAGCUGUACUUACAAGCUUCUGCAUUGUGUAGAAAUGAGAUAGAAUUGCAGAGUUAGAAGCAGGGAAAUGAAUGGGGAAAAAUCAUGGCUUGGCUACAUUGGCACCUUGGUCCUAUGAGCUGCUGUGCUGACAGAUCAGAGCAGCUCAUCGGAUUUUGUGCAAAGGGCACUAAGUGCUGGUAUUAUGCAGAACUUGAAUCCUCACGCCAGUCCUAGGUUCUGACCCUCCCCACAGCACUGACACAGCUGCCCACAUUGGCUGCUUGCCUGUUUCCUUACCCUUCGCCUUAUUGGCCACUUCUCAGUCCAAGAGCCCUAGAAUGCUAGUAUAAUGAAAAAGGGGAUUUGAGGUGGAAGAGCUGAAAAGCCCACUUACCCAGUGCAAGUGUUUACAUUAAAUGGUACAAUACAAACCAUUGUUUGCCCUGUAUUCAUCAAUAAUAAUCAGACUAUGAGCUUCUCUGGAAUUAAUUUUGCAUUCAGUUUAUUUUAUUAUUCCCUCCUUUCUAAUCAAAAGCUAAAAUAUUACAAUAUUUUCUUGGACACCUCAUGCUCAAAAGUUGCAAAUACUUGUUUACUCAUAAUUUAUGCCACUGGGAAACAACAGCUUGUUUUCCAGAUAAACAUCUAAAAAUUAUGUAUUUCCUAAUGAAGGGAUAAAAGGUGAACAUACUGAACAAGUUCACACCCAGCAAAUAAGCCACUAUUGGUUGUGUGCUGGACAACGCCAAGUACUCCCAAGGGGUUCUUGAGCUUGCUCUGGCUUCUUCUGUUCCUCACCCCUCCUGCUGGUUCCAGCACACACCAUGGGCACUUUGCAAUGGAACGCCUCAUUGCCUUUCGCCAUACAUCUGGACCCUUCCUGCAGUGCAUCCCCUACAGCUACUGGCUAUUGAGGGAAUCCCCACAUCAGAUUGCCAAAUGGAAUUGAUUUCAUCAGCUAUGAUGUAUGCAGUAAACCCAUUUAGCAGGUCCCCCACCCCCGGGUCUUCUGUUGCCCAAGCCUGCCUCUAAUAUUUAGCCAAGCAUCUUCAUGUUCUGCUCUUCCACCUCAAUGUUUACCUUGUUUAGCUGGCAAGCACCUUUUUUUUUGAAAAGGUGCAGUAUUUCACAUUACUUUACAGUAAGCACAACCCACUUAGAAGAAAACUCCAGCUCUCCAGUUUUUAGCCAAGCAUCUCCAUAUCCUCCUCUUCAACUUCAGCAAUUACACGGCUGACUUGCAAGCCACCUUUAAAAAAAAAAAAAAAAAAGUCUACUUCACAUUAAUCUAAGCAUAUGCACUUUCAAAACUGAGAACACCUGGUAGCAAAGUAGCUCCAGCUGCUUUCCCCCACUUGGCCAGUCGGUUGCUUCCUUCCACACUAGCUGUUACAUCUUGAUAAGGGUUAUGGGGCAGUGAGCAAGAUCAGGAAAUAUGCACAAAUGUCAUGGCAAAGCAGUAACUCAGAGGGGAAAGUUGUGGGAAUGUAAAAGCAGCUGCCUGCUGAGAAGGGAUGGGGGAGGAUGGUGGCCACAUAAGUAAGAUCAGAAGGAGCAAUGUGGUUUUUGACCUCUCUGGCUGUGCAGCUCUCUAGCUAGCUCCAACUGCCACUGAUAAAAUUGCUUUGCUGGAUUCAAACAACACAACAAGCCACCAUGGAUAUCAAGAAGCCCUGGGUUCUCAGGGCAGUUUGUUCCUGAAAAAUAAGCCACCUUGCAGAAACCAUGCUGGAUUCACACGCACACAAUCCACCAUGGCUGAUCACCCAUGAUGACUUGCUGAGUUGCAUGAACCAAGUCAGAAAUCCCAAGAGGAAAUCAUACAGAUAGAUAAUUACCACAUCAGUGUUCAGUACCAAAUAACCAUUUCCCAUUGAACUUUUCUGUAUCUGCAUUUGUUUUCAUCAUAGAAUUAAACGUCAAGUACUUUCAAAAAACCCCCACUUCCUUUCUUGCUUUUUUGACACACAACCUGUAGGUGGCACUAUGGUACACUGUCAUAGCACUAAUAAAGAGGUGUCAAAAGCAGUUUCAUUCCUGAAGGAACUAUUUUUUUCUGCUUUAAAAAAACCUCCCUCAAAGUGCUGAUUAGACCCAGAAGCAGAGCUGGAGAGUUACGACAUAAUUUAAGGAACCUGUGAACAACCAUGAGAAGGAAAUGAAGAGGGCAUGAUAAAUGUAAAAAAGCCCUUUGAAUUUAGAAGUGAGAACCUAUUUGCUGCUGGAUUCACAGGUAGGUACCACCUGCGUGCCAUACUUCCACAUGGUAAAAGCCUUGUGUAUUUGGGGGCAGAUCAAUAGAGCGCUGUUCUUCCCUAUCUGUUCAGAUAAUUUGCCUUUCUGCUUGCACCAGAAUUCUGCACAUGUGUGCAAGAUAUUAUUAUGCAUGCAGUGGGAUCCUGUGUGAGUUUGUGUGUAUAAAACCAUUGUUCUGCCCAUGGUGAGAUCUGGAUAAUGCAUGUAACUUUGCUUCUAAAGCAAAGUUCUGCUAUCAGACACACAAGUAUAAAGUUAAGCUGGCUCUCUGAAAGCCAUCCAGCACCCUUGUCUAUGAUUGAUUCAUUAUAAAAAUUUGAUCCAUAUUUAUCACUAUCCUCAACAAACAGAAAUCUGAGGAGAGGCUCCUAUCCAAACACAGAUCCAAAAAUAUGUAAAAGGGAUAGUAAAUUCAGGUGGCGGCAGCAGGGGAACCAUGAAUAUGCUCAAAUGCAAACUCAUACUAAAAAUUACACAGACUUGCUGUUUACAAUCAGCCCAAAUUAUAACAUGCUGUGAGGAAAGAACAGGAGAAAGCAGCCCUGGGAUUAUAUUAUCUAAGUAGGUUUUUUUUUCUUUUAAGACAAAGAGUUUUUUUUCUGAACAGGACACUUUCAAUUGAAGAGCAACUGGAGAUCCUUGGGGAUCAGCAUUAAGGCCUGUGUUAUGAAAUAUUUUCAUUAGCGACCGCAGAAAGCAGGGGGGGGGGCGUGUAUUGUUGGAACUUAGUUAUGACUCCAGCUUUAGAAGGCACUGUAACUUCUGGAAAGAUUGAGAAAUUAUGACCUC